UUGGUGAGCUGUUUGGGCACGUGUGUCGUACAACUUUGGAUUUGUAAGCUGCAAAAUAAUGAUUACUUUUGUUAAACUCUCGCUCUGAAAUUCUUCUUUGCAUUGUUCCGUGUCUGUAUAUACUAUUUGGUAACAGAAACCGUGAGGAUUGCCAAAUCGUCCUCAAAGCCCCAACUGCUGUAAACUGCACAUACAUUGUACUUGUAAGUUGCAACCAUGAAGCAAAUCCCGUCUUGAACACCUCCGGAGCAUCAGGGGGAAAUGGCAUCCUCUUCAAGUUCGGCGACUGUUCAAGACGUCCAUGAAGAGCUGCAGGGAUUUCUAGAUGACCUUGGCCAAGUUGAGAGCGAGCUGGAUCAUGUCCGUGGGCGCAUCGAUGCCCUCGUCCAGAGACAAGAUCGUCUCUUGACCCAGAAGCAGGAACUCAAGACAAGAAUAGACCAGCUGCAGACGCUAUGCCAGAGGCUGGAGACGGAGCGAGGGGACUUCCAGAAGUCUGAUUUCCCCUGGUCGGCAGAACUGCACCGCUUGAAGAGGUCCGUCUUUGGCAUCGAGUCCUUGAGAGCGAUGCAAGAGCAGGUGAUGAACACGACGCUAUCAGGUCGAGACAGUCUCCUGGUCAUGCCGACGGGGGCAGGCAAGAGCCUGUGCUACCAGCUGCCAGCGCUCAUAUCUAAAGGCGUGACGCUGGUGGUAUCUCCCCUGGUUUCUCUCAUGGAAGACCAGGUUUUAGCUUUGGAGCAGCUUGGCAUACCAGCCGACUUACUGAACGCGAGCACACCUCCCGAUAAGCUGAAGGCAAUCAAUGCGGCCAUGUUAGACCCCAAGGCCCCUUUGCGUCUCCUCUACGUCACCCCUGAGAAGAUCGCCAAGAGCAAACGCUUCAUGGCACAGCUGCAGAAGUGCUAUACUAAGGAUAGGCUGGCUAGGAUUGCCAUCGAUGAAGUGCACUGCUGUAGUCAAUGGGGACAUGACUUCAGACCAGACUAUAAGAUGUUGGGUGUCCUCAAGAGACAAUUUCCCGAGGUACCGGUGCUUGGAUUGACUGCCACUGCCACAGCUAAUGUGCUUGAAGACGUCAAGGGCUUGCUAAACCUACACGCUUGCAUCAUACUCAGGUCCAGCUACAACAGAGCCAAUCUUCUCUAUCAGGUCCAUGCUAAACCAAGCAGUGAGGCUCGCUUCAUCGAAUUACUGGUGCAGUUACUCAAUGGACGUUACAAAGGCCAAUCAGGCAUCAUCUACUGCUUGUCCCGGAAGAACACGGAGCAGGUGGCCUUAGCCUUGCAGGGGUGUAACAUCCAGGCCGAGCCCUACCAUGCCGACCUGGAGGCCAGCUACCGCAGCGCAGUGCAUGGAAGAUGGAAGAGUGGCCUGACACAGGUCGUGAUAGCAACUAUAGCCUUUGGCAUGGGCAUUGACAAACCAGACGUACGUUUCGUCAUCCACCACUCCCUCAGCAAGUCACUGGAGAACUACUACCAGGAGAGUGGGCGGGCAGGUCGGGACGACAAGCCGGCAGAGUGCACCCUGUUCUUCCAGUCAUCGGAUGUGUUUCGUCAGAGCACUAUGGUCAUGGUGGAACAAACAGGGCUGCAGAAACUCUACGCUAUGGUGGCAUACUGCAUUGACAAGCACAGAUGUCGUCGGAGUAUCCAGGCAGAACAUUUUGACGAGAGAUUGGACGCCAAUAAACAGCUGUGCAAUGACAUGUGCGAUAACUGUAGAUACAAAGAACAAGUUCAUAAUAUGAAACUCAAUGAUUACUACAUCAGCCUGCUCCAAACACUCCAGGCUGCAACCAAGAAGACGGAACGGAUCACCCCGCUGAAACUGGUCGACAAAUGGCUAGCCAAGAAACCAAGCUACAGAUUGGAAGGUUCAAAGCGGUCACCGCUGAGUCGGGUGGACUGUGAGUUCAUCAUGUGCUACCUUCUUCUCGAGGGCUACCUGAAAGAAGACUUCCAUUUCACGCCUUACACCACCAUCAGCUACAUCUUGCCCGGGCCCAAGGCGUCAUCCUCCCUCACUCAGCCUAUCGUCUUCAAGUAUCGCCCCUCGGAUCAGGAAGGUGAGGUCAUGAAAGCAGACAGUCGAUUUCCAGAGAGCCUUGCCUCGAAGGCUGCCCCAAGUGGUUCUAAGAGCAAGAAGACAUUGGACGGAGGUUCAAGUUCAAGUUGUACCUCUGUCGAGAAGGUGUCCCAAGGACUAACUACCAAGGCCGGUUUGAAAAGGACUAAAGGAGUAUUUGAUGUGAAGGUCCCGGUUAGUGGUAAAGGACACAUCCCAACAAAGAAACGCAAAGCUGAGGAUUCAUCUGAGGUGAUAGUUAUCCAGUGAAAUGUUAAAGCAAAGUGACCAUUGAAAGGAACUCAUGCCCUUGAAUAAAGCUGUUGAACCUUAGCAGUGUCAAAUGACAAACGUGAAAUUUCCAGUAUGGAUGAAAAUAACAUUAACCUUCAGUUUGUUUCUUUAUAGUAACGACAGCAGUCACUUAAAGAUCGAUCAUAGGGUGUUUUUCCUUUUGACCUUUCUGGUAUUUAUUUACAUGGUGUUAAGUCAAAGCCUUCCUGGUCAGGUACCCAAUAGAAACCACAACAAACGAUUCUGUACAUAAAUGUAGGUGCCUGUCUUCUCAUUCGGUUAUUACUUAUCUACAUUCUGCAUCCCAGAGGGCUCUUCUAGUGAGAAGGACCUUAGACUAGUAGCGAGACUCUCUUCAGUUUUGUUCUUUGAAUUGUUGUAGCAAUAUCAUUUCAUUUUUUUUUCAAGUACUUGUUUUAUCAAGGAUAUCAAAGCCCUUAAACUUAGAGCUGUUUUCCAUGGGAAAAACCAGCUUCAGGUUAUUGUGAUUAUCUCUCAAAACAGCGACAAAUAAAUGGAAGAGGAUUUUACUGUUUCUUAAACUGA